AUGAAACUUGUACUUCUGGUAAAGCAGGGACUGGUUGCGCCGGGUGGUGGCAAGGGGCCACGUUUCAAGCCAAUGCAGCCAAAGUCCAUUUUCCAUGGAACAGUGCUGUGCAAGUUCUUCGAGAAGGGCAAGUGCUCCCGAGGAAGCGCUUGCAACUUCGCGCAUGGGCGCGGUCAGCUUCGUGAGAAGCCAAAUCUGGCGAAGACAAAGUGGUGCAGCGUCUUCAUGGAGACCUGGUCCUGUUCUGCUGGCGAGGCCUGCCCUUAUGCGCACCACGGUGUAGAGGAGAAGCGCAAACAUCGUGGCAGGCUGGAACGCGGAGUCUCAGAUGGGUCUGAUGCUGGCGACAUAGCAGAGGAUGCAAGCCUUGCAAGCUCGUCAUCACUCCCAGCUCAAGCGGCUCCCGCAGAUGCUGGCACUGCUAGCACGGCUAGCGCCGCUAGCGCUGCUUGCUGUGCUCCCAGUGAGAGCUGCGCCGACGCAGCAGCUGCCCAAAAGAGGGACCCAGAUGCAGGAGAAGAUUCGCGGCAUGCCGACGCCAUGAACGAGGAGUCAGAUGAAUCGGGGACGGCCCAAGAAUCAGACGGAUCCGAUGUCAGCCUGGACCUCGUCAUGGCUGUGCGGAACACGUUUCUUCACUUUGGCCAGCAGCCCGAGAAAAGUGGCAGUGGCCUACGUCGUCCUGCUUCUUGGAGUUGCUGA